AUGGCGCCUGCCAAUGGGCACCUGCUGCUCCCCAAAAUAUGGAGAGCAGCGAGGUUUGCCUACGAGAAGGCCUCUAAGGCCAUAAGAGCCAAAUUACCAGAACCCCAACAAGCUGCGCUUCGUUAUCAACCGGCCUACGCUCGUAUCAAUCCCAGACAACCCAUCAAUCGAGUCGCCGCCAUCCGCCAAGCUCGCAGCCGUCACUUCUCGACCCGUGCUGCUGGUGCUUUCUUCUCCGCUCUUCGAUCUGGAGCUCAAGCAGAGGCCAGCGCCUACAAGACCUCCCGCGUUGCGUCAAACAUUAGCCGGAUCACAAGUCGCGCCCCCUUUGCGUCAACCCUUCGCCCUAACUUGACGGGUGGCACCCUUGGGCGUACCGCUGGCGGAUAUGCUGUCGGAGCCGGUCGUUUUGGAGGAGCCCGGUAUUUCUCCCAUGGCCCUGCAGCCCCUGCUCAGGUCAUCCAGAAUGUGUCCCAGGGCGUACGGGCAUUCUUUCUUUCGGGCCAGAAAGUCCGUUUCGACGGAAUUGAUCCUCGCACUGGUGAGAAGCGCUACAAGGCUGUCACUGUCCUUCAGGACCAGGCCGGCCGCAAGAUGACCGCCAUCCCCCAGAAUGCUCCCGGAUCAUACAUUGACUUUCAACUCUCGCCCACUAUCACUGCUCUUGGUGUGGUGUCUGCCCUGAACAAGGAAUCCGGAGCUCCCGCGGAAGCUACCUUGAACUCAGACGGUCUCGCCGAUCUUCUGUCUGGAGACUUUGCACGCUCUUUGAAAGAGUUCUCCAUCGUACUCAACGACCUCGAGCGUCUUUCUGCGUUGGGUGAUCUUCCGAUCAUGCUCCAUGACAGAUCUACCAUUCGCGUCCGAUUCCCAGGCUGUGACGCAGAAACCGUUGAUCGUCUAUGUGAUGAAAUUGGAGUUCAAAGAGGCCGUAUCACACAAGAUGAGGACUUUGGUACUCGCAAUGGCACUGACAUGGCGUUACUAUUUCCCUUCGCCCCUAGCGUUGCCCCGUCAUCUGACACCGAAUACUACUUCGAGAAAGCCCCCAAGAAGCAAUCCCAAUACUCGAAUGACCUCGAUUGGCACGGUAUGCUCACUCCAGAAACUUGCAGUCCGAUCAGCCGAGAUUCUGGUGUGGAAUCUGGCGGUGCAAUCAGCUUCGAGGACAGCGAACUUUUUGGCAACAAUCCUUGGACAUCAUCGCCAUCUGGCUACUCGAGUAUCAAUAUUAGCGAGCUUGGAGAUCGUGCCUUUUUCACAGACAGUCCCGGCAAUAGUAACUCUGUUUCCGGAUAUGACGGCGCCGACGGAAUCUACAAAUUCUUGGCCGAAUGUGAUAGCGCACGUCGCUGA